UCAGCCAGCCGCCCCCGUGGGUCGCAGAAAAAAGCUGCAGCGACACGGUGGUCCCUCAAGAGGCGAUGCUGGAGUUCACGGACACGAGUGAAGGGCUCGAGGAGCAGCUUCUGUUAUGACGCGCGCGGAUUUAAAGCAAGAUCGAAGUUUUUAAUUUCAUUUUUUCGUUGACCCGCUAUUCACAUACAGCGGAGAUGGAGUACUGGAGGCAGUGUGCGAUGUGGCUGAUCGGCUGCAAUGUUCUGCCGGCGAACCACCGGAUCACGGCGGACACAGCGCAGGUGUUCGACCUGGCGCAGACCCUGCGGGACGGGGUGCUGCUGUGCCAGCUGCUCAACAACCUGAAGCCCCACACCAUCAACCUGAAAGAGAUCAACCUGAGGCCGCAAAUGUCACAGUUCUUGUGCUUGAAGAACAUCAGGACGUUCCUGUCUUCCUGCUGUGAUGUGUUCGGCAUGAAGAAAAGUGACUUAUUUGAAGCCUUUGACCUUUUUGAUGUCAGAGAUUUUGGAAAGGUCAUGGACACUUUGUCAAAGCUCUCCCACACAGCAAUUGCACAGCAAGGAGGAUUCAAGCCGUUUCCACUGGAGGAGAGCCUGAAAAACGAGGAGAUUUACAACAACCUGGAGGACUUGAUUGAUGAGAAUGUUCCUGAGGACGAAGAUGACUUGUAUGCAGCGGUAUACGGGCUGGAAGAUGAUUAUGCGGGCGGAGAGAUCUAUGAAGACCUCAUGAGGACUGAACGGCAUGCACCACUGAAACAGGCAGAGGUUGAUGUGCGUAGCUGCUGCCUUUCAGAGAUUAAGCAGACGGAAGAGCGAUACACAGAAACACUGGAGUCCAUUGAAAAGUAUUUUCUAAAUCCAUUGAAGAAAUUCUUCUCUGCAGCUGAGAUUGACAAAGUUUUUGUCAAUAUUCCUGAUUUGGUUAAAGUUCACAAGAGCCUAAUGGGAGAUCUGCAAGACUCCAUCCUGAACAAAAAUGCCCUCAAUCUCUACCAAAUCUUCAUCAGCUAUAAGGAAAGACUUCUAAUUUAUGGGAUAUACUGCAGUCGGGUGGAGAUUGCCAUUGCUGUUUUAGACCUCAUCUGCAAAGAGAAAGAAGAUGUUCGCUUGAAGCUAGAGGAAUGUUCCAAAAGGGCCAACAAUGGGAAGUUCACACUAAGGGACCUGCUGGUUGUUCCCAUGCAAAGAGUCCUAAAGUACCAUCUCUUGCUACAGGAACUCGUCAAACACACUCAUGAUGCUGCUGAUAAGAGCAACCUGAAGAUUGCUCUGGAUGCCAUGAAGGACCUUGCUCAGUAUGUCAAUGAAGUGAAGAGAGAUAACGAGACUCUGAGGGAGAUCGACCAGUACCAGAGAUCUAUCGAAAACCUGAAUCAGCCACUUGUCACUUUUGGUCGACCAAAAGGCGAUGGAGAGGUGCGCUUGGUCUCCAAUGUUGACAAGAGGAAACAGGACAGGCACAUAUUUUUAUUCGAUGUGGCAGCCAUUGUUUGCAAGAGAAGGGGAGACAACUAUGAGAUGAAGGAUAUACUGGAUCUUAACUUCUUCAAAGUUACAAACAAUCCCACAUCUGACAGAGAAGGCAAAAAGUGGUGCUACGGAUUCUUCGUGACUCACCAGCAGGGGCAUAUGGGCUUUGAGCUUUUCUUUAAGACCAAAGAGCUGAAGAAGAAGUGGUUGGAUCAGUUUGAAAUGGCAAUCUCAAAUAUUCGACCAGAAAAGGCUAACCACAACUCCCACCAAUUCAAGAUGCACACAUUUGAAAGAAUCACUUCCUGUAGUUACUGUCACCUUUUGCUCAGAGGCAUCUUUAACCAGGGCUAUCGGUGUCAAAAAUGUGGCCUGGGGGCUCAUAAAGAGUGUCUGGGUCGAGUGGGAGCCUGUGGAAGAACAGAUCCUGUCAAGCUGAGGCCCAAGGAGAACACAGCACCGCCAGGCCCAGGUUUACCGAGGAUGAUUGCGAUCAGAGACUACAGCGGCAUCCCCAGCCCCCUGUGUGGGCCCCCACUAAGCAUUCAGGCAGGGGAUGUAAUUGAGUUGAUGUUUGCUGACCUGCACAGCUCCUGGUGGCAGGGCAAAAUUCUGGCGACAAGCAAGACUGGCUUCUUUCCAAGUGAUGCUGUGAGGCCUUGCCCAUGUGUUCCAAAACCUGUCGAUUAUUCUUCCCAGCUUUGGUUUGCAGGGCUAAUGGAGAGAUACCAGGCUGAGGUGGAGCUCAUCGACAGAGAGAACAGCACUUAUCUGAUUCGACACCGGAGCAAAGACUGCAACGAAUAUGCCAUCAGCAUAAAGUUCAACGAUAAAGUCAGGCACAUUAAGAUUCUGACCAAGGAUGGAUGCUUUUACAUCGCUGAGAGUCGCCUGUUCAAGACUGUGCUGGACUUGGUGGAGUACUAUAAACAACACUCACUGAAAGAGGGAUUCAGUAGCCUUGACACCACUCUGCAGGUUCCUUACCGAGAACUGUCCAAUGGAAACAUGCCUAAGGCCAUUACCAAGGUUGGCAACGUUAUUUCUCCCAGGAUAGUCGGUAUUGCAGUGGCACGUUACGACUUCAGCUCCAGAGACACGCGGGAGCUCUCUCUGCAGCAGGGAGACAUUAUCAGGAUCUACACCAAGAUGACCAAUGGCUGGUGGAGGGGAGAGGUUGAUGGCAAGGUGGGCUGGUUUCCCUCAACUUAUGUGGACGAAGAAGACUAACUGCAUUCGAUGAUAAGUGAAAGUUGGUGAUGUGCAAUGACGGCCACCCUCCAUACCUUUACUCAGAUCUUUCCCGGAUAAAACCAGGACAUGAGAUGAAGUGGCGCUACCCUUUAAGAUCUUUUGGUCGCUGGUAGAAGCGAGGAGAAGAGAGAGAAGGGUGGCAAAAUGGAGAUCCCAGAGUUGUCAUGCAGUGUUGUGGUUCUGUCUGCCCUCUCUGUUCCCUCUCACCUUCUCUUAUUAUUGAUCACUGCUUUGGCUGUGGUAAUACCUGCCUUUGCUGUCAUCAUGUUUCGACACGUGGAAGGCUCAGUCAUCUAGCCGAAGUGCAGAUCCUGCUGACAGUGCACCGCCCAGGUACUCCCCCCCAGGGAUGAACUCAGCUGCUGAGGAGCUUUGACCGUGGCAGGAACACAGGAGUCCUCACUGCUUCUCUUUUUGUUUGUGUUCAGCUUUUUUUAUUUUUUUAUUUUUUUUAUUUUUUUUUUUAUUUCCCUUCUCCAAUCUUCAAAAAACCUGGACAGAUUUUAACUUUCAUUUGUUGCCAUCCCGGACUCUUUAACAUUAUUCUUCUUUGAAAAGAAUUCUGAAAUAUUUCAGUAUUAUAACUUGCUAGACUCUGUUUGACAUGAAGAGGAAGGACACCUGUUUGGAAAAAACUCAUAAAAAUGAUACAUUUCCACCAGAAUAUGGGGUCAAAAUUUCAGUUCUAAUAAUUCCUUUUGGUACAUUACAAUUUUCAUUGUAACUUGCCCUUUGUAUAGAAUAGUUUAAAUGGUUUACACCCAGAUAGCUUCUGUUUAAGCCUGUGCAGCUUUACAUGAUGUUUUUUCAGUCAGUCACACAUUCACACACCUGCAAUGCGCAUGGUCACCAUUUUCAGGAACAGAAGUUCAAAUCCACUCUAAGGACAAUUGCACCUGUUGAAGGAAUAGUGAAUGACUGCACUCACACCUUACGUUCACAAUCCACUUAACUUCUGAUAUGUGAUAUGUGAUAGAACGGUGCUUUAAAAGAUACUUUUUAAUAUGCAUUUGUUAAUGAAAACUUCUAUCGUUUUUUGCUAUCUCUGCAAUCAAAGACAAAACAAUGCAGAAUAAGUGGGUGAUGUAAUUAAUGGUACAAUCUCAUAUCUCACUGUGAGCAUUCACUGUGGAAACCUGAGAGUCCUUUGCAUUCCAAAGAUUUUAGUGUUUACCUCAACUCUUCUUACUUUGAAAAUGAGUGAUUCAAGGGUGAUGUAACAGCUGUUCACUGUGGAGCAAAGUAGCACACGGGCGUCAAAGUGAUGAAUUUUCCUUCAAACGCCAACGACCCGCUAACCAUGUGUGUGACAUCAAUAAUUAAUAAAAGCUUUCCAUUCAAAUUGUA